ACUAUCGCUUAUUCAACUAUGUCUACUACGGCCACGGCGUCAACUCUAACUCCCAGUGAUAUCAGGUCCCUUUGUCGUGCAGAUGCCUUCAAGGAAGCGUCGACUGCUGGCGUCUGCGCCGGGCACGUUCAAGCAAAUGUAAUCAUCCUUCCACAAAAGUAUGCGGAAGAUUUUCGAUGGCUUUGUCUAAGGAAUCCAGUCUCGUGCCCUCUCCUCGGGGAGACAAAGCCAGGAGACCCCCGCGUACCCGAACAUCUUGCGUCUAACAGCGAUAUUUGCACUGACUGUCCCUUGUAUAACAUAUACCGAGACGGGGUAUUUGUUGAAAGCAAGACAAGUCUCGAAGAUUAUUGGCAGCCGGAUAAUAUCGCGUUUUUCAUCGGUUGUUCAUACUCUUUUGAGGCUGCUCUCACAGAAAAUGGACUUACUCCACGACAUAUUGAAUUGGGGAGAAACGUGUCCAUGUACAGGACCAACGUACCACUGAUGGCUGCUGGAGUCUUUAGCGGAAAUAUGGUCGUUUCCAUGCGACCGUACCCCAUCUCUCAAGUCCCGAAGGUGCGCGAUAUCACUCGCCCUUACUUUCUCGCACACGGCGAACCCGUCGCGUACGGCAUAGAUGGUGCCAAGGCGCUUGGAUUGACGGAUUUCGACGGUUCGAACCCAGACUUUGGGGACCCAUCGGAAAUACGUGAAGGGGAGAUUGCUGUAUACUGGGGCUGUGGGGUAACUCCCCAGGUAGCGGUGAUGGACAGUAGGAUCGAAGGCAUUGUUAUGGGACAUGCGCCAGGACAGAUGCUAGUGCUGGACAUGGUGAACAAUGCUGUAUGCAAGGGGAAACUAUAGGCUCACGUCAAAUUUGGAUCGCUCACAAGAUAUACUAUCACUACUUGCUGUCGAAAGUUGCCCUUAUUUUAUGUACAUUCUACAGGCACAUCUAUUUAUUCAUUGAAGUUGGAUGAGCAUUCAUUUGCCAUAAAGGUACUGGGCACGCACUGCUGGCCAGGCGAGUAUGCGUAUUUAUGUAUUCGGCGGAAUAUGAUCCAGCAUGGAGAAAGUUUGCACUGUACGUUGUCAGGAUAUUCACAAUUUACUGAAGUCGAGAUCCUUCUAUCGUCGAUACUCGAAACGCAUGUUAAUGUUGAAGCUAAAAAGUGAUUUGGGCCCAUCCUCCUCAUUGUUCUCUAGCUUUCGCGUCGUUUCACCAGUAUCAUAUACGUGGUAGCCGUUUGUUAAGAACUCGAACAAGAGAAGUUGCCAUUACGAAAUCCGAAAAAUAAGAAUGUUAGAUGGAUACGAUAAAUGAAAGAAUUG